GUACCGUCAGUCAAACUGAGUUGUACUAAAGGAGUAGAUUUUCAUUUUGUAAAAAAGGAGAGCUGUUUAUAGGAGUUACAGAAUGACGUGUUCUUGCGCCGGCUUUUUGGACGCGGUUCGCAGGCACCUGUCCGAAUUCCUCAUUCACAUUGGAAACGAAAUAUCGCCAGAUUCCCACGAUGUUGAGCCACGGCAGGAGGACUUCAACCUCUCAUCUUCGUCCCUUCUUGCUCUUGCAUCCGAAGAACUACAUGUUGGGCCACAAGAAGAUCCCGAGGCUCGUCUCGCUCCAAACGUCCCGCGUGGUGCAACUACACCUGAUGAACAUGUGGAAGCGCCGUCUGCCCCCGCAGCAACGCAGCCGCGCCCGCUAGUUGAAGAUGUUGAAUCUGGCCCUGCAAUUGUGUCAGUCGAGGUCGAAGGAGUUGUGCGAGACGAUGGAGCGAUAAUUCCAGCGCCGUCUACAACGACCGGAUCUUAUUUUCUGGAUGAAAUGUUAACGUACGUUUUUCCGAUUAACUGCGCCAAGGCCGCUCUUGCAGACCACAUCCGCGACGGAGUUGGUGCUGCUCUGCCCGAGGACAAUUCAAACGAUGUGGAAGUAGUACCCCUGGUCUUCAACGUGUUCGGCUCAACCAUGCUCGUCAGUGAGCGGAGCGAAGACGGUCUGCCGUACGUCGACAUCCCAUCGUAUUGCUCGACGACCGGGCGGGCGAGACGCGUCUACGCGGAGCCCGGGGAUGAGAAGGAAUACUUCCUGUUCGUGUGGCGUCACGUAGCCAACAUUCUGCUGGACGACCUUCUCUCGGACUACUCGGAAGCUCUGUCCGCAACCAAGGGCGCGGUGCUUAUUGCGCGCACACUAAAGAAGAAAAUGCAUGGCGGGGUCCCGAUUACGGAAGAGUCCGGCAUCGAGUACUAUUCUGCUGAAGAAAUUGAUGGCUCGGGUGAAGUCCAGAACGCGCUGGCCUACUUGCAGCUCCCGUCGCAGCCACUGGUAACGGCUCUGCACCGCCUGAACAGAUUUAUUUUCAAUCCGGACGUUCUCGAAAAACGGCUCUCACCUGCGACAUACGCUGUUUUGCGGACUGUUUUAAAACUUGUUCCCGGGGCACCCACACCUUUUCCUAGAAUCCAUCCGGGCGACAUUGAGCUCACGCUCGAUGGAGCCUCCGGCGGGCGGCGGGGGCCUCGAUGGUACUGGCACUACGAGUUCGACGACGUGGAUUAUUUUCAGCGGCUGAUGUCAUUGCGUUCUCGGUACAACAAGGCGACGGGCGGGCCGGGAGAUGCGGCGCAUGGUGCGUUGAUGAGGAUGAUCCAGAUCCACCCGGAAAGCAGUGUGAAAUUCGGUGGUGAACGAGGUGGAGUGCACGGAAAAAUCGAAUCGCUGAUCCUGUGCGAGAGGUUUCGCGAACAUGUUCAGGCUGCAGACAAGAAACUGUUGUGGCGAGAGUUCCUCCGACAGGCAAUACCCGAGAAAACCCGCGAUGAAAGCUUCUUUUCAUUCUGCUGCUUUCAGCCCUUCGAGUGCAAAGUACAGGGUUUUCUAAGCGAGGAAGCUUUCUACACGGAAUGUCUCCCAUCUUCGACCGAGGGAUGUGGUGGCUCAUCAUCUGGCGCCGCUCACAUCUCGUCUUCAUCCAGCUCUAGUAGUAAGUCCUCAAGAACAUCUUCAUCAGCCUCCUCAACAAAUUUGGGUCAGAACGAGCGGACCGCCACCUCACCUUCGUCAACAUGCAGCGUUGCAGCGACCUCCAAGCGUUCGUCCAGCAAGACCGAAUCCUCAUCGAGCACCACUGUUGGAGAGGAAGAGGACCUGCUGUGUCUGAUUUGUUGCGACAAGAGAAAGGAGAUCGCGGUGUCGCCAUGCAACCACUGGAACUUCUGCACGGCGUGUUUUGUGAACCUGUUGGAACGACGAACCGAUGUGAACGAAGACACGCGGAAGCGCGAGCGUGAGGCAGUGGAGGGUUACCACGUCCGCCGGGGAGGUGCGCUGACCAUGUCCAAGGACUUGCAGUGCCCCCUUUGCAGAGUCCCUGCUAAGGGAUGGCUGCGUAUCUUCGGUUAG